GUCUUGGGAGAGUCAGGAGGACCGAUUACGGAUGUGGGCACUUUUGAUCAAACCUGAAGGUUUUUUUUCCCAUUAAAACCAAAGAAAAGGCACUCUCUCUGACCUGGUGAUGUAUUUUUGUCUUUGCUUUGUGCUGGGAGUGCUUUCGUCAAAAGGUUGUUUCUCUGCAAAUCCUCAGCCUGAGCAGAUUUUGGCCUUUGCCGGUGGGAACGCCAUCCUGCCCUGUAGUCUGAAAAACCCCAGCAGCGAUGAAGUGCCAACGGUGGAGUGGUCCAAGGAAGGCCUGCAGCCGAACGUGGUCUUCUUGUACCGCAACGGCUUUGAGACCUUCGAGAUGAAGAAUGUGGCCUUUGAGUUCCGGACCAACCUGUUCAUGAGAGAGGUGACGAACGGGAAUGUCUCGCUGAGGAUCUCCAGCGUGAGGCCGUCGGAUGCUGGGAUCUACCGAUGUUUGAUCAUCCACGCGAACCAGAGGAGGGAGACUACAGAAGUGCAGCUGGUUGUUGCGACUGUGUCUGACCCGAAGCUUUCCGUGGAGUAUGAUGAAAACCAGAGAGUGACGGUGACCUGUGAGGCUACCUGCUGGCUGCCAGCCCCACAGAUGGUGAUUGUGGACGAAAACGAGAACAACAUCACUGAUAGCGUGGAGAUAAGAGGAGGGGGAACCACGGAGUGUUACACAGUGUGGCAACGAGCCACAGUGCAAAGUCAUACAAACAGAGUUGUCUGCAUAGUCCAGCAGCCGCAGACGAACCAGAGCAGGACGACAGAGAUUCUCCUUCCAGGUCACUGGUUGAGGUCCGACUUCCACAUUACCGUCAUCUCUGUUGAAGUGACUUUAUUUUGCCUUUUCGGGCUGUUCGUCUUGUGCAUCUGGUGUGCAUGCUCCAUAUAUGCUGAGCGGACGCAGCCAAGGCCAAGGAUUGUGCUGGACCAAGAAUUAACGGGUGUCACCAGUGAAACCACACCGUUCCUGAAUCCACAAAGUAACGCUGACGGGGCGGACAAUACAGCAAAUAAGACCAUUGAGAAUCUGCAAAAACAGGUGGCCCAUCUCAGGUCAGAGAACUGGGAGAAAGAUGAGAUUAUCCUGAAAUUGUUUGUGAAAAUCACAUCCAAGAAUGCUGUCACACGACACGACUGUCCGCGGAGAUCCCGAGAAUCCACGCUGGAUUACCCACAAUACCUCAGAUCUUCAGAUGACAACAUGGAGACCGGAGAGUUACCCACUGAUCCUGUGACAGAACAAGGUGCUUUAAAACAUUCAAAGCCGGGUAAUGUUUCCAAAAGGAACGGUCAAAAACAUGAGGACCAAAAUGGGAGCAGCCGUCUUGGUCCUUGCCGGACAAAACGCAGAACUCGCCGUCUUAACAGCAGUCCAGCUGGGCUUAUUUCUUCUUCCUCAGCAGCUGAAGCCUCCAGGAAUGAGAACAAUUAUUCCAGCCCCAGAUGGGAUUCCCAGACCAACCCUGGUCAGAACAACCACCUGGUUCGACGCAGACACUCCUUAGGGCUUGUUCCGUCUUUUCUGUCCAAACACGGUUACGUUCCUCUGCCUCAUUUAUUGGAGCAUUGAAAACAUGCCACUUAAACUCAUAAAUUACACAAAUUCUUUAACAUUGAAA